AUGGGUGUCACUGCUAUUACCUCCGCCGAGGAGUACAAGACCAAGGUCACCGAGGCCACCGGCCCCGUCGUCGUCGACUUCCACGCCGUCUGGUGCGGUCCCUGCAAGGCCAUUGCCCCUACCCUCGAAAAGCUCAGUGAGGCCCACACCGACGUCCAGUUCUACAAGGUCGACGUUGAUGACCUCGCCGAGGUUGCCGCUGCCAACGGUGUCUCUGCCAUGCCUACCUUCCACUUCUACAACGGUGGUGAGCGCAAGCAGGAGGUCAAGGGUGCCAACCCCCCUGCCAUCCAGGCCGGUCUCAAGGCUAUCCUUGCAUAG